AAAGAUAUAUUUCUUGCUUCCAUUCGUCUUUGUUGCGCGGACAAUCGUAACAAUCAGCGUUCUGAAUCGAUGGUGACCCAAAUAGCGCGCCUAGCAGAGUAAAUUUGGACUCUGCGAGCCGUCGGCGAUACUUAGCCAAACGACAAGUCUGUGAAAAGAAUCACAAAUGCAUCUAGAUCCUCCCAUGGAGUUUCAGAGCCAGAAAAAGAGCUUGAACGGGAAAGAGUCUGGACGAUACUUUCAAAAGUGGUUGAAAGGCUGUGGGGAGAUUGUGAUACCUGUAGACAAUGGAAAGACUCGGAAAGCCGCUUAAACUUGAAGGGCUGGAAACCACGAGGACUGCUCGGAAACCCCAACUGGACUCAACAAGCGCCCGGGUUCACCUGGUCAUGAGGCUUCGGGCCCGGAGCCUCGUUGUACCAGUAGACCUUGAAAUAGAGUCGCGCUCCAUCGUCAGACAUUGCCACUCACCACCACCAUCAUAUCUAAUCAUGCCUACAGCGACAAAACUGCUCUACCAGCACCUCAUGGAAGUUGACAGCGGACAGCUGUCAGCCCACAUUAUAUCUGAAUGCGACUUGAUCAAAGAGCAACAUCAGUUGCGCAGUCUGUUCGAAAGGAAUGAGGGACGCGCCCUUGGCCUUGCAGGCGGAUUCGCGCUCACUGGAGAGCUCGCGAUGCUUGCAAUUGCUGACGCGUCUACAAUUUUCAUCAUCGAAUUCGAGUUAAAGAAGAGCAAGGGCAACGAACACGAUGAACGCCCCGUUACACCUGCCAGUGACACUGACGCUCGGGUGUUUUUGACACAGAACCUCCUUCGUCGCACCACCGGGUUCUUAUACGCUUUCGAUGUCGCUCCCAUCGCUCUUGCUCUAUUUCAAACACUUGAUCUUCGAAUUGCAAAUGCGAUCGAUAUACAAUGCGCAGGAUCAAAAACAACUACUACCCCGCUCUCCAUCAUUAAACAGGCCGUUGGUGAUCUUCAUCGUGUACUUGAUGUAAACAUCAACAAAAUAUUCCGCGAUAAUACUAUCAUCAAUGAUCGUCCUGCCAUUAAGAAUGGCACCACUUCACUUGCACUACGUGCAUGGAUCGCACACUACCUAUCGCAACUCUCAAUCAUGGAGGAUCGCCUUGCCCAAGUCCCCCCAGUUGACACCUUCCGGCUAUCUGACGAGGCAUUGGAAUUCCUUGCGAAGAGCUCGAAGGAUUCGUUUCAACUCGAGCAGAAGAAGCCCACUGAGUUCACACGCAAAUUUCCCACUUCUGUUGAUCAUCGGAACAACCAUAUCCAUGCCCAGGCCGACAGAUACCAGAACAAGAUACGUAAGGGUCAGCAUCAGCGUGCAUUCAUUGAUAUUAGUGAGCACGCCGCGGCCGGGCGAGGCUUCACUGUCGACGGGCAGGUUACCCUGUCUCAGGGUCGCACUGCGAAACUCGCUACUUCCAACAGUCUCAGUUUCAUUGGCAAGAUUAUCGGCUCAAUCAAGAUCGUCGGCCGUGACGACCGUACGCAGGCUGAGACCCAACGUGCCCAGAAGGUCCUAGAGAUCCUUCAAGGUCUCAUCAACCUCGAGCACGACAACCCAUGGGUUCAGCUCAUAUUCUUUUCCUCUCCCAGUGAUGACUUCCGAUGGCCCUCCGCCUGGACGGAGGAGGCGAACGAUGCGGAUAUUGUCAGAUACCGUGCCGACCGUAUCUCUCGCCCCCUCAAUCCAUCACAGACGAAAGCUGUAAAACAAAUGCUCCUACAAUCGAAUGACGGGCGUCUUACUGUCAUCCAGGGGCCCCCUGGAACUGGUAAGACCACUGUCAUUGCUUCAUUUGUUCAGACUGCCCUUCGCGGCGGGCUCUCUGGCAUCUGGCUCAUUGCCCAAUCCAAUGUUGCUGUCAAGAACAUUGCUGAGAAACUCGCCGAUGUUGGCCUGACCAAAUGGAAACUUCUCGUCUCAAGGGAGUUUUUUGAAUACUGGCAUGAGCACCUCUAUGCCAACAUUCGGGCCAAUAUCAUCAUAUCCGACGACUUCAAGGCGCCUACUUUUUUUCAGGAGCUCCGGAACAGCCCAGUCAUUCUAUGUACUUUAUCUAUGCUCUCAUCUUUCGCUCUUCGAAAGUUUGGAGGUUUUAAUGCCGCGCCAAUCAGGACCCUCGUCAUUGACGAAGCGUCCCAAAUUGAGAUUGGUGACUACAUUCCUCUCUUUACCUCUCACACUUCCAUCAGGAAGGUUUGCUUCAUUGGUGAUGACAAACAAUUGCCACCCCAUGGUCAGGAUGAUAUUCAGGACCUCAAGAGCGUCUUCGAAGUCAAGCAUGUCAAGGACCGUGCCAUUUUCCUGAAUACGCAAUGUAAGUCCUUCUCCUAAUGUUCCUACUCCAAAUUUUAUUAUUUUAUUGUAGACAGGAUGCCCCCUCAAAUUGGAUCCUUCAUAUCUGAAGCUGUGUAUGAUAGCCUACUCGAGUCAAAUCCGCAACAUCCCGUCACGAACGAGAGGAUGGCUUGUCAUUUUAUCAACAUUCCCAGCCAGGAACAGUUACAUGGAACUAGCUGGAAG